GGACGAGAGCCGCAGUGCACCCGAGUGCACAGAACGCACGCCCGUCCUCCUCCUGACGUACUGUACACGCCGCUGCUCGUGCUACUGCUCGCGCUACUGCUGCUCGCGCUCCAACCCAGGGUCUGCGCUCUGGAGACCCUCUGCGUGUGAAGGAAGAAGACCUGCAUACCUUGGAAUAAGAAAAAGAAAGGCUGAGAAGAAGAAGAAGAAGAAGAAAAAGAAGAAGAGGGAUUAGAAGAGAAUAGCGCUGAAUUAUCCUCAAGUGCAGAUUGUUCCCCCCUCCCUCCCUGUUUUUAAAGAGUCUCUAAAAGUGUCCCGCAGGGACUUAUAAGUAUUUCGCAACCCGUCCUGUCAUUAAUAUUUUUUUUUUUCCUGGGAAGGACGUCUUUUGCGCACGAGUCUGUGUGUGGCCUAGCUGUCGAUCAUGAAGUGGAACCUGUUUAAGAAGAAACCCGAGGCCAUGGUGGGCCCAGAACCCACCGGUACCGGCGCCGUGACCGUGCCCCCCACCGUCGCCGUCUCGACCGUGGCCGACAACUCCACCCAGGGGUCCGGCGGCAAGAACGACGUCUUCGAGGAGAUCAAGAGCAAGUUCCUGAACGAAAUCGACAAGAUCCCGCUCCCUUCGUGGGCGCUCAUCGCCAUCGCCGUGGUAGCGGCCCUCCUCAUCCUCACCUGCUGCUUCUGCAUCAUCAAGAAGUGCUUCUGCAAGAAGAAGAAGAACAAGAAAGGGAAGAAGGACAAGGGCGGCUUCAACAUGAAAAAUAUGAAGGGGGACGAGAAACUACAGGACGACGACGAUGACGACGACGCAGAGACGGGACAGACGGAGGAGGAGAAGGAGGAGGAAGAGGAGAAGGAGGCGGAGAAGCUGGGGAAGUUGCAGUUCUCUCUGGAUUACGACUUCCAGGAAGGCAAGUUGACGGUGGGCAUCCUGCAGGCCGCAGACCUCAUCUCCAUGGACACGGGCGGUACCUCUGACCCGUACGUCAAGGUGUUCAUCCUGCCCGACAAGAAGAAGAAGUUUGACACCAAGGUUCACAAGAAGACGCUGAAUCCAACGUUCAACGAAACCUUCAUCUUCAAGAUUCCAUAUCAAGAACUCGGCGGGAAAACCCUGGUGAUGUCCGUCUACGAUUUCGACCGCUUUUCCAAGCACGACAUCAUCGGCGAGGUGAAAAUUCCCAUGAACACUGUGGACUUGGGCCAGCCCAUUGAGGAAUGGAGGGAUCUGGAGAGUGUGGAAAAAGAGGAGCCGGAGAAGCUGGGAGACAUCUGCAUCUCCCUCCGCUACGUCCCCACGGCCGGCAAACUCACCAUCUGCAUCCUGGAGGCCAAGAACCUGAAAAAGAUGGACGUGGGCGGAUUGUCAGAUCCCUACGUGAAGAUCCACCUGCUCCAGAACGGCAAGCGGCUGAAGAAGAAGAAGACCACGGUGAAGAAGAACACGCUGAACCCUUACUACAACGAGUCCUUCAGCUUCGAGAUCCCCCUGGAGCAGAUGCAGAAAAUCCAAGCGGUGGUCACCGUGCUGGACUACGACAAAAUCGGGAAGAACGACGCCAUCGGCAAGAUCUUCGUGGGCAGCAAAGCGACGGGCACGGAGCUUCGGCACUGGUCCGACAUGCUGGCCAACCCCCGUCGCCCCAUCGCCCAGUGGCACCCGCUCAAACCCGAGGAGGAAGUGGACGCCACCUUGGCAGCUCUCGCUGGCAAGAAGUAACCCGUCCUCCGCGGCAAACUCUGAACCAACCAAGUACCACGUAUUGCAUGCCAUUCAUCGGACUGUCAACACUACAGACAUGGUCAGAUAAAAGAAAAACAUAAACUAACGUAGACACUUAGUAAUGACAAAGAUGUAUCACAGCUUUUUUUUAUUAUAUCAUAUUAUUUUGUAACUUCAUUUAUGAAAUGUACAGAGGAGUAUACAGUGAUCAGGAUGAGAUGGGUAUAUAUAUGUUCACCUACUUAUAGUUGAAAUUGCGCUUUCUGAGAAUGGCCAGUUUACAACCAUUGGUCUGUUGGAAUUGGGAGAAGGUUAACAAUGAAUAGUUAAAAAUGAAUUGCCGAAGGUGGGGUGAGAUACAAGGUGUAACUACAGUGAAGUAGUUUUCUCAAGUUAUAUUGUCGCUCCUCUUAAUUUACCAGUUCAGGGGCACGGUGUUAUUAUUUAGCUGUAGGGGUGUGAGAAUUCCAAAGACAUAACCAUCUCAAUUCCAUCGUAUUUCUUCUGGAAUUUAUUCUUCGUUUCCAACACUGAUGUUGUGCAGGAGACGGGAUGAAAGAAAAAGACAAAAUAUAGCCGAGUGUAUCUGUAUUCUCCCGGGUGACAACAUCAGACUUAUUUCUUCUUUUCACCCAGUGUCUUAAUCACAGAGGUUAUUUAUAUACAGAAACUAACAUUUAAAUGUGUCGCAUAGAUUUUUAAAAACGUAAAAAAAAGAGACCCUCCCCACCGUCUUCUUAAUUUUUGUUUUUAGCCUCGAAGUUACAAGCAGAAUAACUUUGAAUUCAAAAUGCAAUAUUUUUUUGGAGGGGAUUUAGACCAUUUUGUUGGAAUUACCCCUUUAGAGAGCUCCGAUCUCAUUUUCAUAGUGGUUAACUUCAGUGAAAUGAACCGGUCACGAAGCCAGUGGUGAUCAGGAUCUCAUUAAAAUGUCGGUUAUUUAUUUUUUAAUUUUUUAAAAAAAUUUCAGCUUUCCGGACAGUUCAUGUCCUCUUUUCUGACCCAUUGCCUCUGUUUGUUACUGUUCUGAUCAUUGUUUUAUUUUCCACAGUGUAUUCUUGAGCAAUAUUGCAAUGGCAUGCCCCGGUGACCAAUUUUAGUGUAUGGUGUUAGUGUAAUAGCGUUUCAUUUUUUAUAAAUAUAUUUUUUAUUGAAAGCGUGAUUGGUUUAGGAGCUCACCUCAUACAUGACUGAGCAUUUAAAAAGCGUGAUAUACUGUAUGUAAGCACAUAGCAUACAUAUACUCUAGAAGAUUUGGGGAUCAGCAGACAUUUGUGUGUGUUUUUUAUCUUUGAUUUUGCAUGUUAUUGGUGAAACAUAUCUUCCAAAUGAUAGGCCAAACAUAUCUCUGUCUUAUGGACAUAACCAUAAGAUGUCUGCCAAUGUUGCAUUUUUUUAUUUUUUUUAGACGUCCGUUCUACUGCCUGCAAAUCUUCCACUUGUGGUUGUGAUGCCUCCAAAUCAACUACAGGACCUGACCACUAAUUAAUGAAUUAUGGCAUUAAUUCAGAAAUAAUUUUACUUUGAUUUCAAAGCAAGGAAGUGCGAGAGGCAGUCCCUCGCUGGGCAAGUGGAAUUAGGACCAAGGAAUUCUUGUCCAUUGGUUCAGCCAUCACACACUUGCUGUUUCUGUUUCUUACUGUUGUUGUCUUUAAUUCUACUUAACAGUCUUGGAACAAGACAUUAAAAGCCCAAAUCUCUUUGUGUUAAUCAUUUUUAACACAAAGAACAUGACUCAUUCUUGGGGGAAAAUACAGACUUCAGAUCCCCAUGAAUUUGCCUUUGACGUGUAUACCAGUAAAAAUGCCUUUUGCCCUUUCUAUAGGUCCUUGACUAAAAAAUAAUUCUCAUUCAGGAAGCCCAAGUCUUACACUGCCAGUUUGAAGAUUUAUUUUUCAAGCGUUUUAUGUGAUUACAAUAUCAUUCCCACCAGUGCUCUUGUGUAGAUCUCGCUACAAGCCAAUAGCACAACAGAGCUUGCAUUAAGUUGCAAACAAACAACAGAGAAACAGUCAUGUCCUUAUUUUUGGAAUGACUGACUGACUGGGGCCAAAAACUUUCCCUCCAACACACGUUUCUGUGUGGCAUACAGAGCUGAUGCAUCCCACCCACGGAUAAUGAGUCAUUAGUUCAUGUUCACCAUUCAUAUCGUAUCAUUUUUAUUUGAUACAAUAGAAAAUAUGGACCGUGAGGAGUGAGUGGCACAGGCUUUUGGUUAACGGUUCAUCAGAUUCCUGAAUGCUCCCAUUUCUAUCUUUUUUUUUUAUAGUUUAAAUCCAAUUUUUAAUCCUUUUUCACAUUUUUAUAAAAACACAUGAAUCAUUUAACCAUUGUGUGAACCAUCAACCAUCAAUUACUGUACAGACCAGAGAAACACCCUUUACAAAAAAAAGUACAAUUUUACUUUUUUUAUGAAUAAGCUUAAAUAUUGUUUAAAUAUAUGUAAAAUCGAAUAUUUUUGAAGGUAUAUAUCCACUCCUAAUCCUGAACUUAUUUGGUGAAAAGGAGGAUGAUUUUUUUUUUCUUCCUGUGGAUACCAAACUGAUUUGUUCUCAUAUGAACAUGGUCUAUUUUGCCACUCUCUGUUACGUAAUGUGUCCCAGCCAGUUGCCAAGGUAACAAUAAGACACAGGUAGCCAGUUCUUACAACUGGUUAACAGUUCAAAACCGUGUUAUAUAGAUAAUCAAGACCAGGUUGUAAAUACGAUAAGUUGGAAGCUGGAAGGACUCUGUACUGUAGUUAUCUCAUGACUGUGAUAGACUAUUAUUACGGAUGGGUCCUUUUUGUAAAAUAGAAUAGGUGCAUUUUCUGUUCAUUUAAAUGAUCAAUUAAUACUGAAGGUGUCAGUACUUCAGUUUACACAUCAUUCUAGACUCAGAUGUCAAAGCAAAUACUGAAAGGAAACCUACAAAGAAACAAGCAAUCUCUCUCUCUCUCCUCUCUCUCAGUCUUUCUAUUCUCUCUCUCUCCCUCCUUCCCCCUCCCCGAUUAUAAAUAUGUACAUAGAUUUAAAAAAUUUGUUAAUAGUGCAUGUUUCUAUACAACAAUGUAAAUAGCCGCAUGAUUUAAGGAAGAUUAGAUAUAUUUGUCCAAGUGUGUGUCAUUUGCCAUUUUGAUAAUAAACGGGAGAAACAGUUAUUCUCCUAUUGUACAUUUCUAGUGCUUUUCAUGACUGGGGGUGAGACAGUGUGCAAAAAUACUCAUAUAUAAUAAUUAUAUGCAUACCUUGUCUUCACCUCUACUGUAGAGUGUCGUGUAAUUCUGUGAAUUCAUUUAGGGAUAUAUUGUAGCAUGUCUGCUAUAUUUUGUGAGAUUAGCUUUUUUUUUCCUGUUUGUUUUACAGUUUGCAAUGCAGACGAACAAACAACAACAACAACAGUAACACAAUGUCUGCUUAUACACAAGGGGUUCCAAGCUAAAACGCCAUUUAAGGGAUCUGUCUAUAAUCUUAUAUUUCCUAGAUUAAACUUCAAUGUGGUUUUUCCCCUCGCCCAAUCACAGAUCAUUCAUGCAUCAUUAUACACUGCAGAACUGACAUACUGUUGUAUUUAAGCCAAUACUGAUCAUUCGGAACAUGAAUUUGACUACUUCGGUUAUGAAAGUAAUGGUCAGUGAUUAUAGAUUUACUGUUUCAUAUAUAUAUAUAUGAUUGUGUUCUCUGGUGCUUUUUGCCAUAACCCAGAGUUCUUUUAAAAUCUUUCUGAAUGGAAUAUCUAGGUGCAGGUUUAGAACGUGAAAAAAGAAAAAUAACUUUUCACCCACCAAACUUGGAGCCCCUUUUGUAUAAUCUACAGAACUGGUAUUUUUUGUGGUCUUAUGGUACUGUAUAAAUUCUCUGUAUCUUCAGUUUCCUAUUGAAUGCUACAUGCCACGUUUAGCUUUUGACUAAACUCCAGGUGUGCAUAUACAGUAUUUAUGUGUAUACAGACUGUCGAUUAAUAUUUUAAAAAAUAAAGCCAUAAAAGUUUGAGCAGGGACAGCUCAGAGGUCAUACGUGUUGAAACGAGCUUAUUUAAAAUACGUUAUUAACUUAAUUAACUAACUUGUGAUUAACUAAAAACUGUAACAAUCAUUUUAGUAUGCCAGCCAUGGUGGUUGCUAUGGCAGCCUUUUGUUUUAUUUGUAUUGUAUCUCGGUACGCCACGUCAAGCAGAAUGCUUCAAUCAUGCCCUGUCAUUUCUUUCUCGUUUGAAUUUAUUUUUGUUCUUGCCAAGUUGCAUGCAAAGGGACAGAAAGAAGAGAAUGCGGCUCUGUGACACAAAGAGGGCAGUUGUAUGUGCAGAGUGCCAUUACAUAACUGCUGCAACAGGAAGGAUCUUCCACUGCUGCUGUCCUAUGCCUGACGGCAAAAUUUGGAAAUGCAAAAAUUUGAGGAGGUGGAGUGAAAUCUGUUAGCAUAACCAGUGAGGGGGCACAUUUUACUUUGUAAAGAACACGCAAAAAUUCUGAUUAUGAAAACCGACCACAGAAAGAGACCCUUCCUGUUUCCUGCAGUCUCUUGACUCAUUUUAAAUCAGUAAAUGGUUGUUCCUGGUGCUGUUCUGUGCGCAGAUUGAGCCCAGUGGUCACGUGCGAUAAUUUCAUUAUGUCAGCAUGUAAUGGACUGAUCAGGUGGCUGUCGGCACCUGCUGUCUGCAUCAGAAUUGAGUUUUGAAUGGGAGUCUGUUCGCUCGAUGUCCACGCGCGCGUUAAUACGAGACCUUAAUGACAUCACAAGCUGUUCCACCAGACGAUGGUAUGAAUGAGGGGGCGUGUCGUAUGUGUGUCCUGUCUCUAUGCAUGUAUGGAUGUAUACAUACGAUUUAUAAAGGGAUUGCUAGUGUGGUAGUGUGAUAACACAGAUUAUACUUAUUUUUAUUAGAUAAAAUAUAUACCUUAGGCCUCAGACGUUGAAAUUAGUUAAGCUAGAAAGAAAUAUUCUAAAAGUGAAAUAUCAGCAUGGUUUUUUAAUUUUUUUAUUUUUGAGCUAGCUUCUGCAUCCAAGUUUUUUUGACAAAAUUUUUUUUUUUAAAUUUAUUAUUAUUUUUUUUUACAUGCCAUCAUUCUUGUUUUCUGUUAAUCUCAAGCGUACUGCUCGUGGGUCCAAUCUGAUGUCUGUUUUGCUAGCCAUCGUUUCUGAUAAGAUACGCGUUUUUAAGUCUAUAUAUAGCUCGACUUUUGCUUUCAUCCUGUUACACUUUGUCAGCACAAAAUGUGGGAAUGCUCACAUUCGGGAACAUUAAGCGAAACAUUUGAGCUUUUUCUCUGCGUGAAUUAAAAGGCUCUGAAGAACUCUGUUUGCAGCCUCUUCGCUGUGUACCUUGCCGGUACAAUGUGCACACAAUAACGUCAGCCGCAGUCCGUCCGGCGUGCUGUGGACGGCCCUCCGUUGGAUUCGCACUGAAACGAUCCCUGGUUCUGCUAGAGCGAUCCCUGUUCAGAGCCUACUGCCAAAACGUGUCGAUUCCUCUCUUAAAAACGCUUAAAAAAGUCUUCCAUCUUUUCCAACAUCUUCUGUCGUCACUGUAGAAUAAAAUUCCAAAGAACUGUUUGCUUUCUCUUACUGUCUCCCUUUAGUAGUUUAAUCUCUCUCUCUUUCUCCGGUUCUAUCUCUCUCUCUUUCUCAGGUCCUUCACUUUAACACGAAGGGCAGUUCUGUUCCCUGUAGUUGAUUUGUCUUGUCUCCGUGUCGUUAUGUGUGUGUGUGUGUGCGUGUGUGUAUACCUGUCACUUGUACCUUGUGUGGACAGCAUGUUUUAACCCCAUGAGGGGUCACUUUGAAAAGUUCCUCUCACAGAAAGUCACCACCAGCUUCAUGGUAUUAAUGAACGUCACUGUACCAGACAUUCAGGGGAACCAAAUAUAUGUCAAAUAUAAAAAGUACAGAUUUAUCAUAAAUGUUAUCAACUAUUAAAACAAAAAUAAAGGCCUUUUAACUAC